AUGCCCAGCAGCUUCUUUGGAGCGCUCACACAAGGCGCCAAGUUUAGCGGCGUCGCGUUCAUCAAAGAAAAGAAGCAGUUCAAUACACUCGUAAAUGGAGCCAAGAAUGAGUCCAAGCAGACUGCGGAAGUGGAUGAGCUCGACUUCUUCGGUUUCAACUCGACUCAGAAGCCCAAGGAAAAGGUACAUGAGCGUUGCGAAAUGAGCGUCGAAAGUAUCGUACCAAAGCCGGUCAAUAAAGUACGCAAGGUCAAGGGAAGUAAACCUCGAAGGAAGCGUAAACUGAGUGAAGGUGCGCUGGAGGAACAACUUAUGGAAGACGAGGCGCGACGACAAGCGUCGCUACUUCUUGCUCCAUCCGGAUUGAAGGCAGAGAAAUAUAGCGCUCAUUGUCGCCGGUCAAACACGGAGCUGAUGAGGAGUAAAGAAGUCUUUGAACAGUCGGAUGAAGACGCUGCUGUGUCUAGUGAGGAUGAAGGACAAGAAGUGGAAGAAGAGGAAGAUGAGGAGGAGGAAGUGGCUGUUAGAUUAUUCAAGUCUUGUGGUAAGAAUGGUGAUGACGAAAUGACUGAUAGAAAGCAAGCAAAGAAGACAGCGAAGGAUGCUGCGCAAAAAAGCACGGAUGAUUCUGCUGAUCGAGAGGGUGUGCAAAUGCUCCGACGUCAGCUCGGUAUUCGUGUGAGCGGCGUCAGUGUGCCAGACCCGAUUACCUCUUUUGCUGAUAUGCGCUUGGACCCGGCCUCGAGUGCGCAGCAGAUGAAACGUCUGCUAUUGCAAAAUAUCGAGCGGUCAGAGUACAAGGAACCUACGCCCGUGCAAAUGCAAGCAAUCCCGAGCUUCUUGCUUCGGCACGAUGUACUGGUCACGGCGCCUACAGGAUCUGGUAAAACCGCAGCUUUUGCGAUUCCGAUUCUGGCAAACUUGGCCGCCAGCAGCGCAACAAGCAGCGGUAUUCGCUCGAUAGUGUUGGCUCCAACUCGUGAUUUGGCAGUGCAGAUUCGUGCUGAGUUCACGCGCCUUGCAAUAGGCAAAAAGACGCACAUCACGUUACUGUCGAAAGCCACUGCUGCCACUAUCGCUUCUCAGACCAAGAGCAAGUUAGCGGUCAAUCAUGACGUGCUGAUUGCUACGCCGCUUCGUCUCGUGCAUUUGAUUCAGGAGGCGAAGGUCGAUCUUUCGACCGUCGAAAUGGUAUGUCUGGACGAAGCUGAUCGACUUUUGGAGCUCGGCUUUGUGGAGCAGAUCGAUGAGAUCUUCGCUGCCUGCACGCACGCUAACAUCCAGCGAGCCAUGUUUAGUGCUACGAUGCUGGAAGGAGUCGAAGAGCUUGCGCACACUGUGCUGCGUGACCCAGUUAAGGUGGCAAUCGGAAUGAAAAACACCGGAGCUAGCACAAUUGAUCAAAAACUGGUGUUUGUGGGCAAGGAGGAAGGAAAGCUUGUUGCGAUUAAGCAGCUGUUGCACGACGGGCUCCAACUUCCGGCAUUGUUAUUUGUGCAGAACAAGGAGCGCGCAAACGAACUGUACCACGAGCUGUUGUAUGACGGUGUCAAUAUCGGUGCCGUUCAUGCGGAUCGCACCAAGGACCAGCGUGAUGACGUGAUCACGCGUUUCCGUACUGGCGAAGUCUGGGUGCUCAUUUGCACUGAUCUGAUGAGCCGUGGCAUGGACUUCAAGGCUGUAAAUAUGGUCAUCAACUACGACUUUCCACAGAGCGCUGUGAGCUACAUUCAUCGGAUCGGUCGUACUGGUCGGAAUGGACGCAAGGGCAUGGCUGUUACGUUUUUCACUGAGGACGAUAUGGUACACCUUCGCACAAUCGCUAACGUGAUGAAGCUUUCAGGCUGCGAGGUUCCUGACUGGAUGCUCUCACUAAAGAAAGCCAGUGCGUCAAAAAGGAAGGAGCUGUUAAAAGCACCUCCGAUGCGGCACCGUAUCAACACAAUAUCAGGAUACGAUCUCCAGAAGGCACACCGUCUGAAGCAAAUGAAACAUGCAAAACUCAAAGUAGACGGUGAUACCAUCAACCAGCGGGGACCACUACUUGAAAGCAGGAAGAAACAAGCAAAACACAAGGAAGGCUGCGAAGGUAGCAGUCAAUCAAGACAGCAGCCGGGACUGAAGAAGCGGAAAUAG